AUGACAACUACUAAUUGGAGUUUAAAAGUUGAUAGAGGCAGACAAACUUGGGAGUACUCUCAAGAGAAAAAAGAAGCAACAGAUGUUGAUAUUCAUUUAUUAAGAUUAAAAGAACCAGGAACACAUUGUCCAGAAGGAUGUGAUUUAAAUAGAGCAAAAACACCACAACAAGCAAUUAAAAAAGCAUUCCAAUAUUUCUCAAAAGUUCAAACUGAGGAUGGUCAUUGGGCAGGUGAUUAUGGUGGUCCAAUGUUUUUAUUACCAGGUUUAGUCAUUACAUGUUAUGUAACAGGUUAUCAAUUACCAGAAUCAACUCAAAGAGAAAUCAUUAGAUAUUUAUUCAAUAGACAAAAUCCAGUUGAUGGUGGUUGGGGUCUUCACAUUGAGGCACAUUCAGAUAUUUUUGGAACAACAUUACAAUAUGUUUCAUUAAGAUUAUUAGGAGUACCAGCAGAUCAUCCAUCAGUAGUAAAAGCAAGAACAUUUUUAUUACAAAAUGGUGGUGCAACAGGUAUUCCAUCAUGGGGUAAAUUUUGGUUAGCAACAUUAAAUGCUUAUGAUUGGAAUGGUUUAAAUCCAAUUCCAAUUGAAUUUUGGUUACUUCCAUACAAUUUACCAAUUGCACCAGGUAGAUGGUGGUGUCAUUGUCGUAUGGUUUAUUUACCAAUGUCUUAUAUUUAUGCAAAGAAAACAACUGGUCCAUUAACAGAUUUAGUUAAAGAUUUAAGAAGAGAAAUUUAUUGUCAAGAAUAUGAAAAAAUUAAUUGGUCAGAACAAAGAAAUAAUAUCUCAAAAUUAGAUAUGUAUUAUGAACAUACAUCAUUAUUGAAUGUUAUUAAUGGAUCAUUGAAUGCCUAUGAAAAGGUUCAUUCAAAAUGGUUAAGAGAUAAAGCAAUCGAUUAUACAUUUGAUCAUAUUAGAUAUGAAGAUGAACAAACCAAAUACAUUGAUAUUGGGCCAGUCAAUAAAACAGUCAAUAUGUUAUGUGUAUGGGAUCGUGAAGGUAAAUCACCAGCAUUCUAUAAACAUGCUGAUCGUUUAAAGGAUUAUCUUUGGUUAAGUUUUGAUGGUAUGAAAAUGCAAGGUUAUAAUGGUAGUCAACUUUGGGAUACUGCAUUCACAAUUCAAGCAUUCAUGGAGAGUGGUAUUGCCAAUCAAUUCCAAGAUUGUAUGAAAUUGGCAGGUCAUUAUCUUGACAUCUCUCAAGUACCAGAGGAUGCAAGAGAUAUGAAACAUUAUCAUCGUCAUUAUAGUAAGGGUGCAUGGCCAUUCUCAACAGUUGACCAUGGUUGGCCAAUCUCUGAUUGCACUGCAGAGGGAAUAAAAUCAGCAUUGGCACUCCGUUCACUCCCUUUCAUUGAACCAAUUUCAUUAGAUCGUAUUGCCGAUGGUAUCAACGUUUUAUUGACCCUUCAAAAUGGUGAUGGUGGUUGGGCAUCCUAUGAGAAUACUCGUGGUCCAAAAUGGUUAGAGAAAUUCAAUCCAUCCGAAGUUUUCCAAAAUAUUAUGAUCGAUUAUUCCUAUGUCGAAUGUAGUGCAGCAUGUAUUCAAGCAAUGUCAGCAUUCCGUAAACAUGCACCAAAUCAUCCACGUAUUAAAGAAAUCAAUCGUUCAAUUGCUCGUGGUGUUAAAUUCAUUAAAUCCAUUCAAAGACAAGAUGGUAGUUGGUUAGGUAGUUGGGGUAUUUGUUUUACCUAUGGUACUUGGUUUGGUAUUGAAGGUUUGGUAGCCUCUGGUGAACCAUUGACUUCGCCAUCAAUCGUUAAAGCUUGCAAAUUCCUUGCCUCAAAACAAAGAGCAGAUGGUGGUUGGGGCGAAUCUUUCAAAUCAAAUGUUACCAAAGAAUACGUUCAACAUGAAACUUCACAAGUUGUAAACACUGGUUGGGCUUUACUCUCACUCAUGUCUGCUAAAUAUCCAGAUAGAGAAUGCAUUGAAAGAGGUAUUAAAUUCCUCAUACAAAGACAAUAUCCAAAUGGUGAUUUCCCACAAGAAUCUAUUAUUGGUGUUUUCAAUUUCAAUUGUAUGAUCAGUUAUUCAAAUUAUAAAAAUAUUUUCCCAUUAUGGGCUUUAUCUAGAUAUAAUCAAUUAUAUUUAAAAUCUAAAAUUUAA